CAGCGUCAGCCCGCGUUUCUCCGGAGGUAUUGAUCGCUCAUGUUUACAGCCAUGUCCAACGUUGUCGCUGAAUAUUCACUCUUUACUUCGAUUAUCAGUAUGCACCAGAGUUUUAAGCUACCUUAUGCCACAUGGACGGGCUAUAAAUUGUCAUGGGUCACCCAUUGCCGCGGGCUCUGGCAAGGGGCUUCCCUUGAGCUUCAUGCCUCCCCUACCCUCCAUCUCCCCAUCUCCACAACUCCGAGUCGACGGACCACCCGUGACAACCCUGGUCUCCCGCUCCCAGCAUUCAGGUCAAUUACCGGGUUGGGUGACGACGGUAUCUUUGAGGUUGACCGUUGGACGUUGAACCUUAAACAGGGGCUUCCCACCAAGAUGCAAUGCUCAACUUGGAACUCGGUCGCAUAUUGCAUGCAUUGGGACACCAGUCUGGUCAUGCUGUUUCGACGAUUGUGAUGAUAACCUUGCAGUUACCUAUGCGCCCUGUGCGGGAAUCGCCAACUCUGUUUGUUUUCUUGCUUGGUCACGUCGCUUGAUUUCAGUGUUGAGUUAUCACUAAAAUUACUGUAUUUGUAGUUCAAUAUGCUAGAAUCAAAAGUCUGGUAAGGUUUUUGUGAAUCACCUGACUUAGUUAUAUCACCUUGAUUCUAGAUAGCAUACCCGAUAGUCUUAAUAAUAACCAAGUGAUUAAUACUACAUACAUAAUGAA